AUGGUUGAGGAUUACAUACACCAUUCAAUGCCAGUCGUACUUGCUGAGCAGGCAGCUCUUCGUCAAAUUGAAUCUAUAAUUAAUCAGAGUGGUAAAACCUUAGCUGAUUAUAAUUUGCCAGCUUUAGAUCAGUUUUUAGAUAAUGUCCCAGAAAAUGAUGAUGAAGAUGUUCAGGUGUUUAUUGAUGAAGCAAACCGAGUUAGACCAUUAUUGAAUGAUAAUCAACGUAAUGUAGCUGAUGCGAUCCUUGCUGCACUAAGUGUGGAACCUACUAAUGAAAAUAAGCAUUCAAGGUUGUUUUUUAUGGAUGGGCCUGCCGGUUGUGGUAAAACAUUUACUUACAACUAUUUAAUUUCUGAAACACAGAGCAGGCAUAUUAGAACUGCAACAGCUGCAUGGACAGGAAUAGCUGCAACUCUUCUCAAAAAUGGGUGCACAAUGCAUGGCUUAUUCAAACUUCCUGUUCCAAUUUUGGAAACUAGCACAUGUAAUGUAACUCCAAACUUUAUUCAUGGUAGAUUCCUGAGACAAAUCAGUUUGUAUUUACUUGAUGAAGCAUCUAUGAUACCCAAAUAUGCUUUGAGUGCCAUUGAUAAGCUAUUACAAGAUAUUUGUAAUAACAACUUUCCUUUUGGUGGUAAGGUUAUUCUUAUGGGUGGAGACUUCAGACAAAUACUUCCAGUUGUGAAGCGAGGUCGACCAGCAGAAGUUAUAGAAUCAUGUUUAAAAUGUUCUGAGCAUUGGCAAUAUGUACAAAGGUUCUCAUUAACUGUAAACAUGAGGGUUCAGAUAGAAGAAGAGGAAUUUUCUCAAUGGCUUUUAAAGCUUGGAAGUGGAACAUUACCUGUCAAGCCUGAAGAUCCUUUGCGAGGGUGUAUUGAAAUACCUGAGCAGUGCUUUCUCAGUGAUAAUGAAUCUAUUGUGGAGAAGAUUUUCGGUGGUGCAGAAGAAGCUGAUUAUGCAAAACGUGCUAUUUUAACGCCAACAAAUGUUGAUUCAUUGGCAAUAAAUGAAGAAGUCCUUCAUCGCUUACCCGGUGAUGUGAAAACAUAUUUAAGUUCAGAUAGCAUUGAUACUGAUGAUCUUAAUGAAAUUAAUAACUUUCCAGUCGAGUUUUUAAAUAGUUUGACUCCAUCAGAUCUCAAAGGUGGACUUUGUAAUGGAACCCGUUUGAUGGUGCGUGCAUUACACAACAAUUAUAUUGAUGGUGAGGUUUUAACAGGUGUAUCAGCUGGUAACAGGGUAUUUGUUCCUCGAGUUCAAUUAGCUCCAUCAGAUGCAAAUUUACCUUUUACACUUAAACGCCGUCAGUUUCCAGUUAGGUUAGCAUACUCAAUGACCAUAAAUAAAAGUCAAGGUCAAACAUUUGAAAAAGUUGUUGAUAAACAUCCAUUACAAGGUACGUCAUUUAACAAACAUUACACAAAUAAUGUUGUCUUUACAAAUGUUCUUAAUUUAUAA